AUGUCUCCAAGUAACACAAAAUUGAAUCUCACUAAAGUUCGUGGUAAAUUAUCUUUAUUUGGAUGGAAAAUUAUCUAUGAUUGGUCAUUUUCAUUAGCGGCUCUUAUUGCAUAUUAUUUAUUGAUUUCUUUAUUACCCCUUAUAUUAAGUAUGUUCGCUGUUAUUAGUUUAAUAUUCGGCAGUGAUGCACAAUUUCAAACUCAAAUUCGUGAUCGUUUAAUAAAAGCAUUUCCGGAAGAAGGUCUUGCUGAUGUUCUUGAUGCAUUACUUGCUUCAUUAUCCAAGCAAGCUGGUUUAGUAUUGAUUAUAAGUUUCGUCAUAUCUAUGUUUACUGGUUCACGUUUAUUUGUUGGUCUCGAUGAUGUUUUAACAAUUGUCUAUCGUAUACGUGAACGAACAAUACUGAAUCAGAAUAUUCUUGCAAUUAAAAUGAUUUCAGCAUUUGUAAUUAUAAUGCCAUUUAUUAUUAUAUUUUCAUCAUUACCAGCUAUUUUACAAAAACAUGAAUCAUUCUAUCAAUUUUUAACAGUUCUUACUAGUGGCAUACUUUCAUUCGUAUUCUUUCAAUUAAUUUAUAUAAUUUUACCUAAACGUCCAAUGAGUUGGAGAAAUACAUGGUGUGGCUCAUUACUUGCAGCUGUAGGUUUACAAAUUCUUCUUUUACUUUUCCCAUUAUAUGUCCAUGAAUUUAUGGCUAAUUAUGUUGGACAAUUAGGUUUUAUAAUAAUAACAUUAUUAUUAUUUUAUUUAUUUGGUUUAUUAUUUGUUAUUUGUGCACAAAUUAAUGCCUUCUUUUUUGAUCAUGUUCAACCAUUAACAACUGGUCUUGGAACAUGUUUAAGUGAAUUUUCUGAUCGAGAACAAAUACAAUUAGUGGAAGAUGAUAUUUUUGAUUCACGUAAUACAAUCGUUGCAGGAUUGGAUACUAUUGAACAUCAUUGA